AUGGGCGAUCAACGGCGAUUUCCAGAGAAAGAAGAUACGCAUCUAGAUUCAGACGACACGAGAUCGCAAAUAGUUGAAGUUUCGCCUGUCGCCGAAACCCGAUGGCAGUACCUAUAUCGAUAUUUUACGACGAGAGAGGGAUGGAUCGGUGACUAUGACUAUGUGUAUCUGGUGACGCCGAAUAUCUGGCCCUUGAAUAAGAAGUACAAGGACUAUGAGGCUCCAUUUUACGGCUUAAACGACGAAGUCCCCAUUCUCCUCACAAUCAUCCUGGGCCUUCAACAUGCCUUGACCAUGAUUGGAUCAGUGGUCUCGCCCCCUCUUGCUCUUGCAAGCGGUGCCUUCUAUCUUUCUUCUGAACAAAGUCAGUACCUCGUCUCAGCGGCCUUCAUCACAACCGGAAUCGCAACAGCCAUGCAGGUGACACGGGUUCAUCUGACAAAAACACCCUUCUACAUCGGCACUGGCCUUCUCUCAGUAGUCGGUCCGACAUUCGAUAUCCUGGCUAUUGCAUUUAGUUAUGCGGACAUGCGUUAUACGAAUGGAACAUGUCCCACCUCUGCUGAUGGAUCAAGACUUCCAUGUCCGGAUGCCUGGGGUGCCAUGCUCGGUACUAUUCUCUGCACUGUCUGGAUUCAGAUCUUGCUAUCAUUUGUUCCGCCGAAGACACUGAACAGGAUAUUCCCCAAGAUUGUGACGGGUACACUUCUUCUUCUCGUCGGUGUUUACUUGAUUUCCAGUGGAAUGGAGAACUGGGGUGGCAGCUCGAAUUGCAAUGGUGGCAAGGGCUUUUAUGCUCUCUGCCCUGAUACUGCAGCUCCAAAACCACUGCUAUGGGGACAUCCCAAACUCAUCGGUCUCGGGUUCAGUGUUUUCGUAACGAUUAUUAUUGUCGAGCUUUUCGGGUCACCGUUAAUGCGCUCUGCAUCUGUGGUCUUUGGAUUGGCAGUUGGAUGUGCGAUAUCCGGUGCCACUGGGUAUUGGUCACACACUAAUAUCGACGCCGCCCCAGUCGCGACGUUCCUCUGGGUUCAUACUUUCAAGCUGUCCGUGGAUGGAGCAUUGGUGUUACCUCUUCUCAUUCUCUUCAUUUGCGAGGCUGUCAGUUGCAUGCCGGAUAUUCUGGCCACUGCCGAGAUCUCAGGAGUGGAGAUUGAUGGCGUCGAGUUCAAUAGCCGUAUCCAAGGUGGCAUUCUCUGUGAUGGUAUUGGUAGUUUGAUCAGUGCUUUGGGGACGGGCUUGCCGAUGGUCAGCCAGGCUGGAAACAAUGGUGUUAUCUCUCUGACUGGAUGUGCUAGUCGGAGAGCAGGAUGGUGCGCUUCAGGUUUCCUCAUCCUCAUGGGAAUCUUCGGCAAAUUUGGCGCUGUGUUUGGCUCUAUGCCUCCGUCUGUCCUUGGAGGCAUGCAAGUUUUCCUCUACAGCACGAUCGUCGUUGCGGGUAUCAAGGUUCUCAGUCUGGUUGAGUUUACGAGACGCAAUCGUUUCAUUCUCACCACUGCGCUUGGUAUUGGAUUCAUCGAUAUUGUGUCGCCCAGCUGGUUUGCCCAGAUCUUGGAUUACAGUGGCUCGAAUGUGCGACUACAGGGCUUUGAACAGGGUAUCAAUUUGAUGGUUGAGACUCCGUUUAUCAUUGCUGCUGUUGUUGGAGUUUUUAUGAACUUGGUGCUGCCCUAUGAUGGGAAUCAGAAGAUUGAUAGGCGUGAGGGAAGACCUGCACUGCCUACUUGA